AUGAACGUACCGCGCGACAAUAAGAACGACUCACCGUCUUCGGAAACUGUUUUCUCGCCCGUGAAACCAAUAGUCUGUGAUGAUGCAGGGUUUGGCUCACCUUCCGAGACCUCCCCAAGUUAUGAUAAUGUCGCCUUUGGGGGUACUCAUACCUACAAACCCUCCAAUCGCUUUUUCGCCUUCAUGAACCGUUUGGUCCCGCACGGCGGCACUAUAUCAAACUCGUAUAACCUGGCCGCCGUAUGCAUUGGCUCCGGUAUUUUAUCUCUGCCAGCGUCCUUUCAGGCCACCGGCAUCGUCGUUGCCAUAGUGAUUCUCGUCUUGGUCACUGUAUCGACCGCAUACUCCACAUAUAUCCUGGGACAAGCGGCGGAGAAGUCGAAAUAUAGCCUCUACACCUACGAGCUUCUUUCCAAAGGUCUCCUCGGACACAAUUGUGACAUUUUGGCGGCUUUUAUUAUGUGGAUGUUCUGCUUCGGCGCAUGUGUGUCAUACGUCAUCUCCGUGGGUGAUAUCAUCGAAAAUAUUACCCAAAACAGCAACUCUGGCUCGUUUUUGGUCACCAUAUGGGGCAAUCGACUUCUUGUGUUCAUCGUGUGGGCCUGCCUGAUGUUGCCGCUAGCCAUCCCAAAGGAAAUCAACAGUCUGCGCUACGCCUCGGUCUUCAGCGUGCUCGCCAUGGUAUAUUUUGUUUUUGUUAUCGUCAUCCACGCUAGCACCAAUGCCUUCAAGGACGGCAAACUGAAGAACAAAGUGUCCAUGUUUAAGUGGGGGAACGACGCCGCCUCUGGUGUCGGCACCUUCAUUUUUUCCUUUGUUUGUCAAACCAACACGUUCGAAGUGUUGCGCGAGAUGACCAACCCGACGCCAGCUCGGCUGACAAUAGACACGACGCUCAGCAUGAGCGCGUGCUGUCUGCUCUACAUCAUCUCGGGCCUCUUUGGAUAUCUGGAUUUCGGUGAGUAUAUCAAUGACUCAAUUUUGCUGUUCUACAAUGCUAAACAGGAGCCCAUGGUAUUUUUGUCAUACUUUUUUAUCGGCCUCAAGUUGUGUGUGAGCUUUGGUCUGUGUAUCCUUCCUUCGCGCGACAGCCUGUACUACUGCCUUUCCAAGAAGUACCCCACGUUUAAGAGCAUCCACACGGUUCCAUUUUGGUUGAACGCGUCCAUCUGCGUUGCCAUGUCCACCCUGGCGCUGCUACUUGGAGUUACUGGGAUCCAAAUUAAUGUGGUUUUUAACUUGAUCGGUGGCUUUUGCGGUGGGUUUAUCGGGUUCAUCUUUCCAGCACUUUUUAUAAUGUAUUGCGGGGGGUGGACUCUGAAAAAGGUGGGCUGGUUUCACUACCUUAGCACCUAUCUUUUGUUAAUCUUUGGCGUUCUGGCCGUCGUUCUUGGUACCGGGACCACUAUUUACUCCAUGGUCCCUUGA